CGAUGGAGGAGGAGAGGCCGGUGACGGUGAGAGGAUGCUGGUAAUGGUUCCGCCUCAUCCGUUGAUUAAACACUGGAUUUCUGUGCUGAGGAACGAGCAUACGCCGUGUGCAAUCUUCAAGAGCGCGCUGGCGGAACUUGGGAGGCUCUUGAUAUAUGAAGCCUCGAGGGAUUGGCUGCCUACAAUCAGCGGAGAGAUUCAGACGCCUAUGGGUGUUGCCGAUGUUGAAUUUGUCAACCCUCAGGAUCCCGUAUUGGUCAUUCCUAUACUAAGAGCUGGCCUAGCUUUGGCAGAGCUUGCUCCAUCAGUCCUCCCGGCAACAAAAACAUUCCAUCUAGGCAUGCGUAGGGAUGAAACAACACUUCAGCCAUCUACAUACUUGAACAAUUUACCUGAUAAGUUCUCUGAGGAAGCGAGACUAUUUGUUGUGGAUCCUAUGUUGGCAACUGGCGGUACGAUAGUUGCAGCAAUUGACUUGUUGAAAGAUCGAGGAGUUGCUAACAAGCAAAUAAAAGUAAUAUCAGCUGUUGCUGCCCCUCCAGCAUUAGAGAAGCUCAGCAAGAAGUUCCCAGGGCUUCGCGUAUAUACUGGGAUGAUUGACCCCGUUGUGAACGAGAAAGGGUUUAUAGUACCAGGAUUGGGAGACGCCGGAGAUCGGAGCUUUGGUACCUAAAGCUGCUUCUCGCUGGCCUCUGUCAGAGGCGGGAAACGCCAUGGUGGGCUUUGGUGUUCAAUUAUAUUUACUCACCACCUCCGCUAGAUGAUUCCCGAGUGGCAUUAGCAAAAUUUUCAUGUUACGUGGUGUUCUUAUGCUUCCUCCGUUUUGUUUAUAUGGAUGUUUUGUCAAGUUAAAUCUGUUCUGAUUAAGAUUAAUGUCUUAGAAAUAAAACCCAACGCAUUAUUUCUGUUCAACUUGAGGAAGAUAAAAUUAACCACCUGCAGGUGUUUAAUCAA